GGGAAGGUGAAUGCCUAGUACCUCCAUCUUGGCUCCAACGCAGCUUCUCAGGAGCAGACAAGAGACUGAAAACUGAUGACUAUUCAGUGGAUGAAACUGCUGGUUCUGCUGGCUAUAGUUCCUCAAGACCUGGGAGAACCAAAGCCCGGAGUACCCUUGAGGAAGAAGACCAUGAAAGCGUCACCACUGCUUAUGGUUGUGCCCGGCAAGACUACCACUACUAUUGUGUGGCGUCUGAUCAUCGAUACUGCUUUAUCUCUUCACAUGAAGAACUUGAUUGUCUUCGCCCCCAUUGACUUCGACACAGACGUAAAUGAUGUUAUGAGAGGUGCUUGGAUACGAGGAGUCACUACUGAGGUAUAUUUAGACCAGCAGCCAUCUACAACCCGGGCGAAACAACUAGCCACUGACGAGAUCCCUAACCCAGUCACCACCUCCUCACUGUGGCCAACUAUAGACUGGACAUUUCUGUACGGGCGACAGCCAAUACACCGGAUCAAUAUGGCUGUACUGGUGUUGGGCCCUAGUGACUGGGUACUGAGUGCUGCUCUACAGCUCCUGUCUAAAGUCGUGUUUGGAAUGAUGGACACACUCUUAUUAGCUCCUGUGGAGGGCGUUGUGUCCUCCAUUGACUUGUGUCCUAACAUUCCCAUGGCGGUGAGGGUGGCCCUGCUGGAGGUGCCACGUGUUGAGGGUAGAAAAAAGAUUUGUGAAGGCCUGGUGAGGGAAGCCCAGCUACAGGAGGGAGGGAAGUACGUGCUGCGUAGUGUAGGAUGCUGGCGCCGUGGUCGACUCCUGCUGAGAUCUUCGCUGUUUCCUGUCCUUACCUCCUUCAAGGGCGCCGUGCUCAAAGUUCUUGGGGUUAAGGGCUUCAACGAGAUCAUUAUAAUACCCAAAGGUGACUCGAUCGAGUUGAAGGGUAUGCUAGGAGAAAUGCUUGACAAGUUCAUCAAGAAACUCAAUUUCAAGAUGGACUUUAACGAGAUUGGCGGCCACAUCAACAAGAUGGCUAACGGCACAUUUGGCGGUGUACUAGGGGCCAUACAGCGCCGGGAGUAUGACAUACUUUUGGGAAGUCUGUCAAUGAUCCCGGUGAGGACAGAGGUGAUUGACUACUCUGAAUGGUGGUGGAUGUACAACACGCCCUUCUUUACUAAAGUUCCCAAAAUCAAAGAGGACCAGUUUCUACUCUUCCAGAUAUAUACCUGGCAGGCUCGGUGAGACAGCCAGUGAACAUCGCCGGAAGGCUGGUGUUAAUUUCAACAUGGCUGGUGGUGAUUGUCUUAGUGGCAGCGUACAGUGGUAACCUGAUCGCCUUCCUCUCCAUCCCUCGCAUAGAAAAGGUGCCGCAAACAGUCCACGAGCUGAGAGAAAUGGGCUACAUCUUGUCUAUCAGCUAUGGAUAUUCCCAAUAUGAGAAGAUAAAGGCUUCGCCCAUCAGCGAUCACCAGUACCUGUUCCGUCGCUCGGUGUUCCGUCAAGACAAAGGAUUGCUGCCUGACCCUGACCACGUACAAAUGAUUCUCACACAACCAGUCGCUAUGAUAGUUACUGGCACAACCACCCUGGCGCUACAGGACAGCUUUGCGGAAAAGGUGGGAUCCGUGAGUAUAUGCUCCAUGAAACGAAGUACUGAUUCCAUUUUUGAGGAGCCAACGGGCAUAGCCUUCCCGAAAAACUCACCUAUAAAACCGAUUUUCGACAAUCUGUAAGUUGCCUUUAUAAUCCACCUUGUUACGCAGUCUAAGAUACACUGACACAUCUUCCAUCUUCACAGCUGAUGUUUAUACUGUAUGUGCAGUUUCGUUCGACCUGAUAUUGUUU